AUCUCACUUUAACUCAACAUUUGUUUUUCACUCUCAAGAACCAUCUAGAGGGAAACCCUAGCCAUGGAUCGGCCCUCCGAGAAAGACAAAGUGUCCAAACGUUCACUUGAAGACCGUGAACGUGAACACAAGCACCGUCACAGAGACCGAGACGAAAGACACCGUGAGAGAGAGCACCAUCACCACCGAUCAUCGUCAGACCAAAAAUCCUCGAAGCGCGAGGACUGGGAGAGUUCACGCGACCGCGAUUUCAAGCGUGAGAAGUCGCAUGACAAUCAUCGGGAGUCGAGGCGCGACACAGAGAGAUCUCAUGAGAGGGAGGGAACGAAGCAUCGUGAACGUGAAGUGAAUCGCGAGGAAUUGGACGGUGAUGACGUGGAAAUUGAUGUGAGAAAGAAGAGGAAAGAGAGAGAGGAGAGCGAGGAGAGAGGAGAGAAGAAGGCUAAGGUUUCGGAUGAUCAGAGAGGGAAGAGAAGGUUUGAGGAUUGUUUCGUAAAACAAGAGGACAGCGAGGGUAUUUCUGGAAAUGUGAAGUUUAACGAAGUUAAUGUGACGAAAGAAGUGAGUGAUGAUGAUGCGACGGUUCGUGGUGGCUCCGCCAAGCCUAAUGGUGCCACUGUUGAUUCGUAUAAUGUGGUAUCAAGGACUGUGCCUGAGACUUCUGUGGCCACUGGUGAUCAUCCCCUUCCCACAAAGGUAUCUUCAAUUCAUACCACAAAUGAAAAUAAGGGAGUUAGUAUUACCAGAUCUCAUGAGGUUCCUGGAAAAUCUAGUACAGAUGGGACAUCUUCAAUUGCUGGGAAAAGUGGAAGUCUAUCCCUAGAUGCUUUAGCAAAAGCUAAGAAAGCUUUACAAAUGCAGAAGGAAUUGUCAGAAAAGCUGAAGAAGAUACCAAUGUUGAACAAGGGCACAAGUUCAGAUGGUAGCUCACUCUCUGGAUCGAAGGAGGGAGUGAAAGCGGCAUCCUCUGGUACUGGAAUAAUUCAGGGAACAGUUUCAACAACUGCAAAUGCUUUGUCAGCUGGUGUAAUGCCUAGUUCAUCAAUCUUACCAGCUGCGGCAGCGACUUCUGUGAAGCCACCUGCAAGUGGACUGCCUACCAUUCCCACCCUUACUAAUAUACCCAACAUUGAAGCUGUUAAACGUGCUCAAGAGCUUGCUGCUAAAAUGGGUUUUCGUCAGGACCCUGAAUUUGCACCUCUUAUAAACCUAUUUCCUGGGCAGAUACCAACAGAUGUUGUUGUUCCCCAGAAGCCUACCAAGGCUCCUGUUCUUCGAGUGGAUGCACUUGGUAGGGAAAUAGAUGAACACGGAAAUGUAGUGAACGUGACUAAACCAAGCAAUCUUAGCACACUAAAGGUCAACAUCAACAAACAGAAAAAGGAUGCAUUCCAAAUUCUUAAACCUGAGUUGGAGGUGGAUCCGGAAUUUAAUCCUCAUUUUGACCAGAGAAUGGGUAUAAAUAAAAAUAAAGUUUUGAGACCUAAACGGAUGACUUUCCAGUUUGUAGAGGAAGGAAAAUGGUCUAAAGAAGCUGAGAUGCUUAGAGUCAAGAGUCAAUUCGGAGAAGCUGGAGCAAAGGAGCGACAGGCAAAGCAAGCCCAAUUGGCAAAAGUGAAGGGAGGGGCUGACAUUAAUCCUAAUUUGAUAGAGGUAGCAGAAAGAGUUUUGACCAAGGAAAAACCUAAGGACCCAAUACCUGAAAUAGAGUGGUGGGAUAUGCCUCUAUUGCUUAAUGGUUCUUACGGUGACAUAUCUGAUGGUGGCAUAAUAGAAGAUAAACUAAAGAAGGAAAAAAUCACCAUCUAUGUUGAACAUCCUCGUCCUAUUGAGCCUCCUGCUGAGCCAGCCCCUCCCCCUCCUCAGCCACUGAAACUAACCAAGAAGGAACAAAAGAAACUCCGUACUCAGAGGCGGCUGGCUAGGGAGAAAGAUAGACAGGAGAUGAUUAGACAAGGCUUGAUUGAACCUCCUAAACCUAAAGUUAAAAUGAGCAAUUUGAUGAAAGUUCUUGGUUCUGAAGCAACCCAAGAUCCAACUAGGCUAGAAAAAGAAAUCCGUAGUGCUGCUGCUGAGCGUGAACAAGCUCAUAUUGAUAGGAAUAUUGCCCGCAAGCUUACACCUGCUGAGCGGCGAGAGAAGAAAGAGAGAAAACUAUUUGAUGACUCUACUUCACUUGAUACUACUGUUUCCGUUUACAAGAUCAAUGAUCUUUCACACCCAAAAACGCGUUUCAAAGUUGAUGUUAAUGCUCAUGAAAACCGUUUAACAGGUUGUGUUGUAAUCACUGAGGGAAUUAGUGUUGUGGUUGUUGAAGGUGGAAGCAAAUCCAUCAAGAGAUACGGGAAACUUAUGCUUAGACGCAUAGACUGGGCAAAAGCAGUGAAUGAAGAAGAUGAAGAUGAAGAUGAGAUUUCUGAGAAACCUGUCAAUAAGUGCAUGCUAGUUUGGCAGGGCAGUGCUGCCAAACCAAGCUUCAAUAGAUUUUCUGUUCAUGAGUGCAUGACUGAAGCAGCCGCCAAGAAAGUUUUUGCCGAUGCUGGGGUAGCACAUUACUGGGAUCUGGCGGUGAACUUCACGGAAGACCAAAUGUAAUCAAAGAUGCUACUUUGUGAGUGUUGCAUGAGUUUGUUCAACUUGAGCUGCUUUGCGCCUACAUUUCGGUAGGUUGAUAUUUUUCCAGCGCAGUAGGACAAACGUUGAGAAUGAUGACCUUCGGAUGCAGUAUUUCAACCAAAGGAGAAUGUAGCCAAUGCUGAUCUUCAUUAGUCCAAAUGUUAUUGGUAUGUUGUCUUGUUAAUUUUAACCCCCAUGAAUCUGAACCAUUUUUAUUAAUGGGUGUACGCAGAAUGUGCAUCAAUCAGAUGGAUUUAUUAGGAAUGA